CCGGACCUUAGUCAUUCUGCAGUUAAAUCAAUUCUUUCAAACUGCUGUUGUAAUGAAAUCUGUCACCGAACAAAGUACUGCUCAGUUCCCCGUAGCUGGAGUAGUGAUAGCAGUAGUGUCGAGUUUUAUCAAUGGGUCGACAUUUGUGCUUCAAAAGAAAGGAAUAUUACGCUCUCGCGACAGAGGAGGCUCGUAUCUCACAGAUGUGGUCUGGUGGAGUGGUACAAUAUCCAUGAUUGUCGGUCAAAUUGGGAAUUUUCUGGCGUACAAUGUGGCCCCUGCUGUGAUCGUGACACCGCUAGGAGCCCUUGGAGUGUUGUUUGGGGCUGUCCUGGCUUCUUGGAUCUUGAAGGAGCAUUUAAACAUCCUGGGGAAGCUUGGCUGUGUGUUAUGUUGCUGUGGAUCUGUUGUGCUCAUCAUUCAUGCACCAAAAGCAGAAGCAGUCACAACAAGACUGGAGCUAGAAGAGAGGCUGUUGGACCCAGUGUUUGUAUUUUAUGCCCUUCUGGUGGUUCUUCUUCUGGUCAUUUUAAUUAUCUGGAUUGCUCCAGCUCAUGGCACAUCAAACAUCAUGGUGUACGUUUCAAUAUGUUCCCUCUUGGGAAGCUUCACUGUCCCGAGCAGCAAAGGACUUGGCCUGGCAGCACAGGACGUCUUUGGUGAUGCACCCUCCAGCAGCAGAGCUCUGGCCCUGUUCCUCGGCCUCCUGGGGACGCUGGCUUUUAGCAUCCUCAUACAGUUCUUCUUCAUCAACAAGGCCCUGGAGUGCUACAGCUCCAACAUGUUUGAGGCCAUUUAUUACGUGACAUUCACAUCCACUGUGAUUCUGGCCUCGGCUCUUCUCUUUAAGGAGUGGACUGCUCUCACUGUAACAGACAGCCUGGCUAUGCUGUGUGGUCUUACAACAGUGUGUGUUGGCGUUGUUUUACUCCGCAUUUCGCAAGAGGCUUCCAUCACCUGGAAGAAGAAGACGGACUGAUUAUGAUGUUCUUAUAUUUAUGGGACUUUAUGCACCAUGCUGCUUCAUUCUAGUGCAAAAUCUACACUAGGUUUACUUAAACAAAGCUACAGUUUAUUUUAAACUAAUUUAAUUCAGAACACUACUUGAAAUACUUCCUCUUAUGGAACAAUUCUUAUUAAUUUUUAAAGAUUUAUUAGUGGGCUUUUUGUGCCUUUAUUGACAGAGCACAACAGUGGAUAGGGUUGGAAACUGUUGUUUCAGACUGUAUCUACUGUACUACGUAACCUACAAACACAAGUGGUUUUUUUUUUACAUUUUAAGAGCUUUUCAAUACCGUGGACCUUUAAAAUGACAAAUACUUAAAAAUUUUAAACAUGUGGUAUUGAAAAGUAUCACAUAUUUUUCUAAUAUAAAUUUUAAAUAUGUAAUAUAAGAUGCAUUCCACCUUUUUGCCAAAAUAUCUUUGUAUUUGUUUUUAUUACAUGAUAAACAAAGAGUCUACUGUUAGUAGUAAGGGAGAAGGUAGGUGACAUUUUCGUGCUGUGCUGAUGUUGCUUACAGUGAGUGAUCUUGCCUUUUUUACACACAAAACCAUCAGCACAAGACAUGACAGUGCUCAGUACUGUCAGGAUUAUGUUUAGUGUAACAAGAUAAAUGUUCCAUAAAGCUGCAUGAAAAACCAAAUAAAUAAAAACAACAAUAUAACUACAAUUAAAAAAAAAAAAAAAAGCAAAUCAAACAAGUACAAGGUAAAAAAUAAACAGUUAUAAAAAUAUGGAUGUCUAUGAAGGAGGAUUAGUGCCAUGGAUGCUGGAAAAAAAUUUGAUGUGAACUUUUAGAAUAAAGUUGAAAUGACAAAUAAAAUAUCAGAAUGUCAUGAAUAAAGUUGUUAUUUUGAGAAUAACGUUGAAAUAUAAUUUUGAGAAAAACACGACAUUUUGGAAAGGCCGCCUUAUUAGACAGCAGAUCCUGACUGUCUCUACAAAACAUCUUGUAUUGAUGUACUUCAGAACUGUAUUGAACAACAAAGAGAUGCUUUCUCUUUUAGCUCAUAAAAAGCGUGGUUGUCAGUGUUAAGUGUUGUCAGUGUUAUGUUGUAGGGGUAGCACGAUAAUAGGCCUAUUGAUGCCAAUAUUUAGCAUUUUACCAAUUAUCUAUAUCUACAUUUUAUGUUACCUAUGUUCAGUAAAAUUGAUUAAUUAAAUGAUGGCUACUUUGGUUCUACUGCAAAGUGCAUGUUCCCCUCUGGCUUUAUUUUUUAACUCCACUGUCUCACCAAAUGUCCCAUAUAUCUGAUUGGCUUGCUGUCACAUGAGUACUAGCCAAUCAGCAUUUAAGCCUGGGUGCCACUGACACAGCGAGCUUACGGCAUUACUUCCUGUUUUCCUGCUGGCUAUGUGUUGCUCUGUGUCGUUUCUCGUGCUGAUAGUGCUUGUUAAAUUUCCUUCAAUUUUUUUUUGAUCAUGCAAUUUUACUUUUUUAAAAUCCAGUAAAUUUUUUAUGUUAUGAUAAACACAUGUUGGUUCCAAAUAUAUUGGUUAUUAGUCUCAUGAAUUACUUAUAAGUAGUAUUGGUAUCGACGCUGAAAUAAACAAUAUCGGUCAACCCCUAUUGCAUUGUAAUGGCUCUAAAUUGUAUCUCGACUUUUUUUCUUCUCAUUUUGACUUUAUUCGCAAAACUGUUAUUUGCCUUCAUUCUCAAUAUUUGAACUUUCUGCUAACCAUUUCAACUUUAUUCUUAAAGUGCACAGCAUUAUUUUUUCCUCAUCCAUGGUCCUAAUCCUCUUCCACUGACAUCCCUUAUGAAAAUAUUUUACAUAGAAAAUGUUUUUGCAUAAUAAAAAAUAAGUUAUGGGUUAAAUUGUAGUGAUCUAAAUUUAAAAAUGUAGGAAUAUAGGGUUAAAAGGAUAUUUUCCCACCUAUUUUUUUCUGGACCUUUUUCAUCCCAUUAUUACUUGAUGCUUUGUCAGGAGUGCCCAAUGCGUUCAGCUUGAAAAAGCACAUUGAAUUCAGAUUUAAAAUAAAGUUUUCAGCCACUUUAAGACCCCUACAGAAGGGGACUUUAACUGCAAGAUAAGGCAGUAUCUGACUAGAAAGGUGUUCAUUAAUUUAUCUUAGCACAGAACUCGGUUUAUCCCACUCAUCUAAGCUUUUUAAGACUGGAACUAAAACAUGCGCAAAAAUCCACCACAUUUAUCCUUUAACUCUGGGUACAUUUUAGGCUGUCUCGAUAUAGAGAAUAAUUUUCCCUUGUACGAAUUUCAACUAACACUUAAAGACAUCCGUACUUGUUUUUUUCAAUGCAGUUCUCAUUGUUAUUCUAAAACCAUUUCAAGCCCUUAUGGCAGACUAAAAUAUGGCCGGUGGAUCAGAGUUAAUUCCUAAUUUCUUAUUUCCGCUCGCAAACAAAAAUGCCUUAAAAACGUUAGUUUUGGAAGUGAAAUAAUCUCUUUCCUAUCCCUUGCAUGUUCUCUCUUUCACCCUGUGUUAGACAGUAUCAGGGUGGCAUCACCUACACUUUGACUUAUUUAGUGUUCCUCUGAAUAAUUCAGUGUGAUUUCAGAAGCGCUCUCUUUGAGCUUGGGUUUUCAACAGUGACUGUUAUGUCUAAUACAAGGAUUUUGAAACGCUUAGGUAUAUAACUCUAACAUAAGGUCUGUAAGCUGAUUUUUUACAGCACUAAAAGUGGAAACUAAAUAUAUUUUAAUAUAAUUUUCAGAACUAAUUGUGUUUGUCAUACAUAUUUUUACUGAUCUUUAAGCAUUUCAGCAAGGGCUGUAUGUGUCUGUUUUAUGAUAAGA